AUGUCAGAGCAUCAGGAGAAGAAAACAACACCUAAAAAGAAGGAGGUUACGAAAUUGGGAGGAUGUAUAGCGGGUGCACUUGCUGGAUGUGCAGCGGUAACAUUUACAAAUCCAAUUGAGCUUGUCAAGACGCGGAUGCAACUUGAGGGGGAGCUUUCGUCGACAAAGGGCACAGCCAAGGUUUACCGGAAUCCAUUCCAGGCGUUUGCUUUGGUUUAUAGGAAUGAGGGGCUCAGGGGUGUGCAGAAAGGCCUUAUGGCGUCAUAUUUGUACCAGACAGGUCUAAACAGUUGCAGACUUGGAUUUUACGAGCCAAUGAGGUGCUGGAUCAACUCGUUGGUCUUUCCCAAGAGGGACCCGGUGCAGUUUCAGAGUAUGGGGGUGAAUAUUUUCGUUGGCGUGGCCACUGGUGUCAUUGGAAGUGUUGUUAGUUCACCGUUUUAUCUUUUGAAAACCAGGAUGCAGUCUUUCUCGGAACAAGUCAAGAUCGGCAACCAAUCACAUUACGACUCGGUGUGGCAGGGGCUCAAGGACAUCUUCCAGGAUGAAGGUGUACGGGGGUUGUUCAGAGGUGCUAAUGCUGCAAUUCUUAGAACUGCGGUUGGGUCCGGUGCCCAGCUUCCGGCAUACUUUUUUGCCAAGCAGCAGUUGGAGAAGUUGGGAAACCUCAAAGAUGGUCUUGGCAUGCAGCUUGCAUGCUCGGCUUUUGCCGGAGUUGGCGUUACUGUGGUGAUGAAUCCGUUUGAUGUUGUUUUAACCAGAUUGUACAACCAAAAGGGGGCACUGUACAAAGGAACUGUUGAUUGUUUUGUGAAAACUGUUCGGUCGGAGGGGUUGGGAGCGUUGUAUAAGGGAUUUGUGGCUCAACUUCUCCGGAAUACGCCACACAGCAUACUUCUUCUUAUGUUCAUGGAGCAGACUAUGAGCAUGGUUUACUCUGCUGAGCAGAAGUUUGGAGUUGGGAUAUAA